GGAAGCGUGGUUAGGUGUCUCCAGACUGGCUCUCCCCGGUCACAUGACUCAGGCCCUGCCAUGGCUCCCAGGCUCAGCUCCUAUCAGUGACCCGAGUAGCAGUCAUGGGAGAGCGGACAGUGCAGAGCUCACCUCACAUCCAGAGCUGGCCAUGGGUCCCCCCGUCCUUCUCCUACCAGAAGAGGUUCUCCUCCUUAUCCUCUCCUACCUGGACCGCCAGGCCUUGGGGCGACUCGGACAGGCUUGCAGGAAACUCCGUCACUUCACCAGCCGGGACUCGGUAUGGAGGAGGAUAGCCCGGCGCGGCCUGAACACCGGCUUCCUACCGCACGGCGCAGACAUGAUUACUGGAAUACCUGUUAAGGAAAGAGUACGCAUUUCUCAAAACUGGAAAUAUGGGCAAUGCCAGUGCCAUACAAUGCUGAAAUGGAAACGCAAUUUAAUGCCCUGGUUGCAAGUAGAUGGCGACUUGUUAUAUAUUACUCAGGCUGAAGAAAUCCGAGCUUACCAGUUGCGUGCCAAUGGCAGUGGACUUCACAGACGACCCUAUGCUGUGUUUCUGGGUCAUCAGGAGGAUGUAUGUCGCUUUGUAGUCACCAAUUCUCACAUAAUCAGUGGAGGAGGGGAUGGAAAGAUCGCCCUUCAUAAAGUUCACAGCUCUGUCAGUAUCCAGUUCAGUGCACAUGAGCAGGAUGUGAACUGCGUGGAUUGUCAUGGAGGAAUUAUUGUCAGCGGCUCCAGAGACAGAACUGCAAGGGUUUGGUCCCUCUCAUCUGGUACAGAUGCACAAUGCCUUCAUACUAUUCAGACGGAUGACAGAGUGUGGUCUAUUGCCAUAAACCCUCUGUUAAGCUCCUUUGUUACCGGGACAGCUUGCUGCCGCCAUACAUCACCACUCAGGAUUUGGGACCUUCAGAGUGGCCAACUGAUGAACUGCCUUGGAACUGAAUUUAAACGAGGUGCUGGUGUUCUGGAUGUGUGCUAUGAAACGCCUUCCAUUUUGUUAUCGUGUGGCUAUGAUACGUACAUAAGAUACUGGGACUUGAGAACAAGCACCAGGAGGUGUGUGAAGGAAUGGGAGGAGCCUCAUGACAGCGUUCUCUACUGCAUGCAGAGUGAUGGGAAUAACAUGAUAGCCACUGGAUCUUCUUACUAUGGAGUUGUGAGAUUGUGGGACAAGAGAAUGAACCAAUGUUUACAGUCUUUCUCUCUGUCAUCUCCAACGAGCAGUCCAGUGUAUAGCCUCCGAUUUACUACAUCCCGCUUGUAUGCUGCUUUGGCGACCACACUUCAAGUUUUGGACUUCACUGUUUCCAGCCCGCAGUUCGCAUCCAUGUAGAUGUCAGUGUAUACCUCAAAACUGGGACUUGUGUAUGAUAUGCAAGGCAUCUCUUCCAUGUAAAAGAAGCCACAAAACAUUCUACAGGUCACAACAUCAAAGACUUCUUUUGUAAUGUUAAAGUCACCAUAUGCUUGCAAAAAAUAAAUUUUCCAAUGUAAUAGGUUAUGGUAAA